GACCCCAACCUUUUCGGAAAUGCAGCAUGGUUACCACUUAGAGAAGCUGUGUUGACAUAGAGGUGGUGUUCCGGAGUUCAUCGUGAAUUAGGGAUUACUGGAUAGUUCAGUUGUGUUCUUCUGUCAGUUGAACAUGGCAGAAGUUAAAGUAAAACAAGAAUCUGCGGAUCCCGUGGACAUUGAAAACAGAAUAAAGGAGCUGUGCCAGCAGUUCCCGCACGGAAUUACAGACCAGGUGAUCCAGAACGACAUGCCGCAUGUGGAGCCACAGCAGCGGGCCAUGGCCAUCAACAGGCUGCUCUCCAUGGGUCAGCUGGACCUCCUGAGAAACAGCAAUGGUCUUCUGUACAGGCUGAAAGACGCACAGGUGGCCAGUAAGAUGAAGGGCUCAGACAACCAGGAGAAGCUGGUGUAUCAGGUCAUAGAGGAUGCCGGAAACAAAGGAAUCUGGAGCAGGGAUAUCCGGUACAAAAGCAACCUCCCUCUGACGGAGAUUAACAAGAUCUUGAAGAACCUGGAGAGCAAAAAGCUCAUCAAGGCUGUGAAGUCAGUGGCUGCCUCUAAGAAGAAGGUGUACAUGCUGUACAACCUUCAGCCAGAUCGCUCAGUGACAGGAGGGGCAUGGUACAGUGACCAGGACUUUGAGUCUGAGUUUGUGGAAGUACUGAAUCAGCAGUGCUUUAAAUUCCUGCAGAGCAAGGCGGAGGCAGCCAGGGACAGCAAGCAGAGCCCCAUGGUGCAGAGAAACAGCUCCUUCGCCUCUUCCCACGAGGUGUGGAAGUACAUCUGUGAGCUGGGCAUCAGCAAGGUGGAGCUAUCGAUGGAGGAUAUCGAGACCAUCUUGAACACGCUGAUCUAUGAUGGGAAGGUGGAGAUGACCAUCAUCGCGGCCAAAGAGGGCACUGUGGGCAGUGUGGAUGGACAGAUGAAGCUCUACAGAGGGGUGAAUCCCAUCAUCCAGCCCACAGGCCUGGUGAAGACGCCCUGUGGCGUGUGUCCUGUAUUUGAUGACUGCCAUCCGGGAGGCGAGAUCUCGCCCUCUAACUGCAUCUACAUGACCGAGUGGCUGGAGUUCUGACUGGGCUCCCAUGUGUUCUGGAUUCUGGACUCUUCCGCGUGCCGGACUUUGCCACAGGGGUCGUUGCAAGAUCGCCAACUUUAAUUUGGUCUAAAGAGAGAGACCGAAGUGAUGGCAGCAGUUUUGUUUUAUUUAACCUGCAGCAAAAAUAUUUUAUUUUGUCAAAAUUAUUUAUAUCUCCUAAAAUAAAAAAGUAACUGCCACAACACUGUACCAAAUACACCCGUAGGGAGAUCUAAAGUUUUUCUUUCUCCUUUGGACCUGUGAUGUGUGCUGCAGUGUUUCAAUAGUAUUGCAAUUUCAACUACACCACCUCGCAGCUGUAUCCCAGUAUCUGCACUUACAGCUCAGUAUGGGGACAGUCCUGUGUAAAAGAGUCUGUGGAUACCAGUGGUGUAGCCCAGCAGUGAAUCCACCUAUGUGGCCUCAUAGGAGACCUGGACAGCACCACCCACCUGUCCACCUGUCGUCACUGGUGCUGCCUCCUCUGCACAGCACAGUGCUUUGUGAGCAGAGCCACACAGUGCUGGGACUCCAGCUGCCCGCGUCUUGGACGUGUCGCUCAUCUGGUUGUGUUGUAAGGUUGUUUUAUUUUUUGAUGGAUUCUAGAUAUUUUAAUACAUCAGCUGUACAGGAAAGACCAGAGUGUUUAACAGAAAUUAAGAGUUUCUGCAUCACGAUGCAGGGCAGCCUUUUAAAUGGUAAAGUCCUGUCAUGUGAAUGGCGAAACACAAGCACCUUUAGUAUAAAUAAAUGUGUAUAUAACGAA